AUGACCCCAAGAGCGCAGAGACAACUCAUUAAAGAGGUCACAAAAGACCCCACAACAACAUCUAAAGAACUGCAGGCCUCCCUUGCCUCAGUUAAGAACCUGGAAGACUUUGGCUGUGAUAAAUGGAACCAUGAAUUCUGCUGUCUACCAAAAAUCCUGAAGGACAAUGUCCGGCCAAUUGUUUUAUGGACUGUGUUUCUGAAUCUGCUGGUGAUCAUCUCCAUCUAUCACUUUAAGAAGCUUCACACUCCAACCAACAUGCUCAUUCUCUCUCUGGCUGUGGCAGACCUGCUCGUAGGACUUAUUGUCAUGCCCUUGGAGGCGAUUAGGUUUAUUGAAACAUGUUGGUACUUUGGGGACACUAUAUGUAGACUGUUUUUAAUAAUCAUGGGAUUGCUCCUCAAUACAUCUCUGAGUAAUUUAGUUUUUAUAGCUGUUGACCGUUAUGUGGCUGUGUGUCACCCUCUGCUGUACCCUCAGAAAAUAACAACAACUAGAACAAUAAUUAUAAUCUGUGUUUCCUGGUUUUGCUCUUUAUUUUAUACCAUUUCAGCUUUAACUACCUCACGAAGUAAAUACACAUGUUAUGGAGAAUGUACAGUUAUCGUUACUUUUGUCUGGAAAAUCACUGACGUGUUUCUGUCUUUCCUGCUUCCCUGUACCAUCAUUAUAACUUUAUAUUUGAGAAUCUUUUAUGUCGCACAUCAUCAAGUGAAAGUUAUAAACUCUCUGAUGAGGAGUGGAAAACAUCUAACAGAAGGUUCAGUGAGGAGGAAAUCUGAGAGAAAAGCCGCUCUGACAUUAGGAAUCAUUGUGACGGUUUAUCUGUUUAGCUGGAUUCCCUAUUAUACCUUAACUCUAUCACCAAACACAAGCUUGACUUCUGUUAUAGCCUAUUUUAUAAUGUGGAUGUUGUAUAUAAAUUCAGGUCUGAAUCCUCUUAUCUAUGCUAUAUUUUACCCCUGGUUUAGAACAUCAGUUAAACACAUCCUAAAUCUAUCCAAAAUAUUUAACACAGCAUAA